CGAGCAAACCACUCUGUCAUCUACUUUGUCACGUGUGUGUAUACACGUGACUCUGCACGUGAUCGUGAAGAUGACGCCGAGGACAGCAAGAAGGGAUGCAGUUUACACGUCGCAUCUCGAUCUACACAAACCAUCCGCUUCUGCGCAGUGAAGCAACAAUCAUCACCGAGCAUCAGAUAGAUCACUGAGAAGAGGCAGAUAGCGAGAUGAUUUCACGGCACUCACUCCCCGCUCUUUGCAGCACCCUGCUCCUGCUCCUGCUCGUCUUCGCGGCCCACGCCAGCGCCCUCAAAUUCGCAGUCCAUACGCGACCAGCUGGACACCCCAGCGAGCGAUGCAUUCGCAAUUUCGUGCAGAGAGAUGCAAUGGUUAUCGUCAAUGUCAAGACGAACGGACAGAAGGGUGAUGGCCAGGUUCUGAACCUGCGGAUCAUUGAUACCGUUGGAAAUGAAUACGGUCGUCCUAAGGACGUUGCCGGCGACGUACGCUACGUCUUCACCGCCCUCGCCGACGCCGCUUUCGACGUCUGCUUUGAAAACAUCCAAGUCGACGGCAAAGCCGCCGGCGGUUCGCGCGAGGUCGAUCUCGACAUUGACAUUGGCGCCGACGCGCGGGACUGGAACGCGCUAGGCCAGACCGAGAAGUUGAAGCCGAUGGAGCUCGAGCUGCGACGGAUCGAGGAGAGCAUUGACGAGGUCGUGUCGCAGAUGGAGUACCUGAAAGCGCGCGAGAUGAGAUUGAGAGAUACGAAUGAGAGCACGAACGCGCGCGUCAAGUUCUUCUCGAUCGGCACUUUGUUUUCGUUGUUGGCACUUUCGGUGUGGCAGGUUGCCUACCUGCGACAGUUCUUCAGGUCAAAGCAUCUCAUUUAAGUUUACUUCAUUUGUACUUGCUCAAAAAUAUAGCAUAUUAUUUGUAGAUUACUUCAAAUUACUCUUCUUGUGCACUACAUGCGCCAUUGAUCUCCAUGACUUUGCUGUUUCCCAUGUUUCUCGUUUGAGUCGUGGAUCUCAAAUGUGUAUAUAUAUUGCAAUAAAUGAGAGUGUUUGAAAUAUUA